AUGUCGUCUGCAGACCCGCCCAACGCGUCUCCCGAUGCCGUGAAACGUUCUCGCUAUACCCUCCGCCAGUUGCAUCUGCUCCGCCAGGGCUCGACAGCGACGCCGCUGCGGGCGAUCGCUCACAUCGAUCUCGAUGCGUUCUAUGCGCAAUGCGAGAUGGUGCGUCUGGGGAUUCCCCGCGACACCCCGCUUGCGGUUCGCCAGUGGGAUUCCCUGAUCGCCGUCAAUUACGCCGCGCGGCCGUUCGGCAUCACUCGGAUGCUCAAUGCAGUCGACGCCCGGAAAGCAUGCCCGAACAUCGUCCUCCAACAUGUCGCGACAUUCCGGGAAGGGGAAGGAGGUCGAUGGGCGUACCGCGAUGAUUCCUUCAGAAGCAUCAAGACGGACAAGGUCUCGCUGGAUCCAUACCGUGCAGAAUCACGAAAGAUCCUCAAAACAAUGAAGGAGGAGCUGGACCGGUGGACAACGGAGUAUACUGAUGAUGAAAUACACUCUCUCACCCAGGGGAUUUCUGCAGGUUUAGAGAAGGCAAGUAUCGAUGAGGUGUUUAUCGAUCUCUCUCCUUUGAUCUAUCGCGUUCUCCUUCAAAGAUAUCCUGAAAUACGGCCCAACCCCCACGAUGAGGACCGAGACGCUGAACUUCCCCAACCGCCAACAACGGCUGUUCAAUGGGACUCCGAGGAUUGUCUCAUUGGGUUGGAUCGAGAAGAACGCGAAGAAGAUGAUCCGGAUUGGGAUGAUAUCGUCAUGCAAAUUGCGGCUGACAUCGUUCGCUCGGUACGGAUGGCUGUGUGGGAGAAGUUGCAUUAUACCUGCUCUGCCGGUAUAGCACGCAACAAAAUGCUAUCAAAGCUAGGCAGUGCCUGCAACAAGCCUGACAAACAGACUGUUGUUCGCAACCGUGCCAUUCAAAUUUUCUUGGGCGGUUACAAGUUCACCCAGAUCCGCAUGCUUGGUGGUAAACUAGGCGAUCAGAUCACCGCGGACUUUGGGACAGAGAAAGUCAGUGAUCUGCUCAAGUUCUCGCUCGAUCAGUUGCGCGCCAAACUUGACGACCAUACGGCAACGUGGCUGUAUGGUGUCAUCCGUGGAGAGGAUCGGAGUGAAGUCAGUCCUCGAACACAGAUGAAGUCGAUGUUAUCGGCCAAAUCCUUCCGUCCAAGUAUAAACUCGGCUGGGCAGGCAGAGAAAUGGCUUCGAAUCUUCGCUGCCGACAUCUAUGGUCGUCUGGUGGAAGAUGGCGUACUCGAGAAUAGACGCCGUCCCCGCGUCAUCACGCUCCAUCAUCGAGUAGUACAGUCACGAUCCCGCCAGAUCCCCAUACCUGGCUCAAAUACCAUUGACGAGAAUCUGCUUUUCGAGCUAGCCAAGACCUUACUUCGGCAAGUCAUCGCGGACGGACAGGCAUGGCCCUGUGCCAAUCUGUCUCUAAGCGUGGGUAGUUUCGAGGAUGGUGUUGGUAAGAACAGAGCCAUUGAAGGAUUUCUCCUUCGGGGUGACCGGGCAAAAUCCGUCACUCAAUCUACAAGUGUUCGCGAAGCCGACAGCACCGCCAACGAUCACAUCCCCCCGGAGAAAAAGCGAAAAGUCGACAUCAAGCGCUUUUUCGCCCAUCCUCCGCCUCCGGGUGAUCCAACAUCUAUCGGUCAUGAUAGUGCGCAGCACACAGACCAGGAGGUGUCCAAUGCGCCUUCGGAUGAACCCGAGGCACCGGCUCUAGCCCCUGCGGAUGUAUUGCCGCAGUAUAACUGCGAUCGGUGCUCGAAAUCCAUACCCGAGUACGAGAAGGAAGAACAUGACGACUGGCAUUUUGCCAAGGAUCUGGAGACCCAGGAUCGGCAAGAAGCAAGAAAUGCACAGCAGCAGAAUCAACAGCAAACCCCUCCCGCGAAUACUUCUCGGCGCUCAGGCAGUCGUGGGAGAGGAGGACGGAGCCGUGGUAAACCUGAGAAAGGGCAGAUGCGUCUGGCCUUUGAGUGA